AUGAAGGCCACACGGGAACGCUCAGAGGCAAAUGACGUGGGCUGGAGAUCAAACGUCAAAGAGCAGAGCGUCAAAAAUGACCUACAGGUCCCAGGGCUGCCGUCGUACUUCUCUAUGGAAGGAGCCCGUGGUUCAGACCUUGGAUCCAGUGCAGGGGCGGCGGGCUCUGGUGCUGGUCCACGAGCUGCCUCAGACGAAGUUACUGUACACUUCAAAAACUCCGCCGAGAUCGGGAGCGGCAUGAGGCUGCGUCAGCCCUCGCUACAACAGCAGCGUCUAAGAGCGCCUUUCUAG